UAUAAGCUGAGCCCACCAGGGUCCAUUUCACCAUCUGCCACAGCCGCGAGGCUUCACUUCCACUACUACUACGGUACUACCCCCCGCUGUUCCGCCCGCGCAUCCACCGAUCCGUCUCAGCUCAACACCCCACGCUGCCACGCUGCCAGCAACGCAACCCCCGAGUGCAUCUCUCGCGCGCGCGCGUACAUGGCAACAGCGUAGUACUUCGCCACUUGCUGCGGAGACGACGAUGGCGGUGGCGGCGCCGGCGAGGAGGUUGACGCCGUUGACGCUGCGGGACUUCCUGGAGCAGUCCAGCAGCGAAGGCUUCCGCGCCUACCCGCGUUUCCCCGUUGCCGACGAGGGAGUGGCCGGAGGAGACCUCGCGCCGCCGGUGCGCCUCCUCAUCGAGGCCGGGCUACGCCGGAGCCCGUCGCGGUUGCCCUCCUUCUACAACUUCUUCCACAAGAGCCCCGGCACGCUCGCCAAGAUCUCGCGCCUCUCCAGGAGCCUCUCGCGGCGGUUCAGGGACGGCCUCUGGAGGCGCCGCGGCGAGGAUGACGGCGAGGAAGACGACGACAUUGCCGUCGACGAGAGGGACUCGCUCGGGCUGCCGUCGCCGGUGGUCAGCAGCUGCUCCUCGUCGGAGUGUGAGUACAUGGCCGAGUCAGAGGCUGAGCUGGCUACGACGGAGGAGGAGAAGUGCGCGUCGGCGUCGUCGGCGUCGGAGUACGAAAAGACGUCGCAGUCGAGCACGGGGAGCGUCGCCUUCCAUGGCGCUGCCGACGCCGGAGGAGACGGGCAUAAGGAGGAUGUGGGUGACGAGCCCGUGGGGCGCAAGUUGGAGAUGGAGGACAAGCAACAGCUGAGCCCCGUGUCCGUUCUGGAUUUCCCCUUCGAUGACGACGACGGCGAGGAAGGAAGCGAUGCCGGCAUGUGCUCGCCGUCCUUCCAACAGUGCCUCGCCGAGCUCCAGAGAUCGAAGGCGGAGCUGCUGCACAAGAUCCGACGGCUGGAGGGCCUGACGCAGGUGGUCGUCCCCGUGGAUCUCGAGGCGCAAUUCACCGAGUCUGAUUCCUCCGAGCGCACGCAUCUCAACGCCAACUCGACUAGCUCUUCUGAUGACACCGCGACGACGGCGCCCACGACGCCACGGCAAUGCACGGACGACCAAGAUGUCGUUAAUCACGGCGAGGAGGAGGAGGAGGAGCACAGCCUGCUCGCGCGGCUGCUCGAGUCGGUUGUUGUCACGGACGAGGUCUCCGAGUGGCUCCUGCUCGACUUCUUUGCCGAGGGAGUGGACCGGCUCCGGUCGUCGGCGUCCAGCUGCCCUCUCAACGAUUGCGAGGAGGCGGCGCUGCUGCGCGCCGCGGGGGAUUGGGCGCGCGGCGCGGGGCAGCGGUGGGGCGUCGGGGACGUGGUGUUCUCCGGGUGGGCGGCGGUGGCGGACAUGGAGCGGAGCCGGAGGUGGAUGUGCGUCGCCGAGGAGGAGCGGGACGUCGGCGCGGAGGUGGACGGGCUCGUGAUGGACGCGUUGGUGGACGAGCUGGUCGCCGACUUGGCACUUGGUGGUGCGACCACGGUAGGGGUGGAAGUGUGUACGUGCCGCCGAUGAAGUUUCGAGCGUGUCAGGGUGUAACGUUUUGUGUGGACGUUAACUUGAGUGUUAACGUGACAGGGUUUACGCCGAAUCGUUCAAAAACAGGAUGUGUAUGAUGCAAGAGCGGGUGCUUUCAGUCAUGGGCUUUAUGACUUUCUCAGGAUGAAUCAGUACAUAUAGCAGAUUAAUAAUUCAA